AUGGCAGAUUUGCCCAAGCCUCGGCCCCCACCUUCCCCGAUUCAUCUCAAUCUCUCCACUUCACAAGCCUCCGCGUCGGUUAGCCCGGCAACCCCCAGGCCCAGUGCGGCGAGCACCUAUCCGCCCCGACAUUACCGUAGCGCCAGUGCCGUCGUUAACGGGACAGAGUCUGGCAACACCAACGAUCGCAGUCAUACCGAGAGUAUCCCCACCGAACACCCCAACCAGGCACACUCCCGUCUCUUCAAGUCCCUUUGGUCGGACGUGAUUGGUCACCUGGAGCUUCUCAACACCAGCGACAACGUCUGGCAUCUCAUCUCCCGCCUGAUUCUCGGGGGCGCCUUUUCUGCACGUCACCAAGCUUGCAUCCCUCGCCUUGAACACCUGGCCCAGGAUGCAGAGAAUGAAGACACGCGCCUUUCUCCCGAAGGCCUGAGCAGGCUUCUUCCCUUUAUCCUGCGCCCGGAAUGUUCCGGUGAAAAGUGCCAGCCCGUCACGGGUGGCCAAGCUGCCGACGUCGCCGGCCUCCAACUGCGCGAAGACGUCCUUGAGGGCCUCAUGGGUCCCAUUCUGCUUCAGCUCCUUCUCAUUGCAAAUCUUGUGCAGUUGCUGCCCCUUCUGCCCUUGGGCGUCAGCAUCCUGGUGCUCCUCAUGAGCAGUAAGGAAGACAUUUCCCACUGCGGAGCCCUCAAUUUGAGUGGCUACUUCAGUGCCAAGAUUGACAAACGCGAUUACGGAGGACUACCCAUGCUCGAAACCAUCUUCAUGGUUCUUUUUGACAAAAGUCGCCCUGCGCGCACCGCCACGGUGCACUCGGAAUUGGACAUUCGCAUUGCUGAGGAGCGAUCAGAGCUGCAACUGAAGCGCGAUUUGCACUUGCAGCACAUGCUGGACAUGGCCUUGUUUCGCUCGAACGGUCUUCUGCGAGCCACCCUCAGUGAUGAAGAUGGCGUUGCAACAAAUGCACCCGCAAGUCGUGCUCGCGGGCUGCUUCGCCUGCCUGAGACUGUGGCUCUCAUGCGCCGGCUUUUGCGGGCCCGCGGCCGCCGCGCGACCGAUCUGGACGAGAGCCUGCUCAAGGUCGAAUUGGAAAAGAGCCCCAUCACCGAUGAAGUUCAACAUGCGCUCCGCCAGCGCCGCCUCGAGGAAAUGAAGCGCAUCUCCAGUCGCCUGUAUCGCCGCCUUUGGAACGAUUUCCAGCAUUACAUCAAAGAGAUUAAUCGCUUGGUGGAUGAAGAAAAUAACUCGGCUGCCGCGCAACGGCUCAGGCCGCUCGCCAUUGCCACGUGCAAGGAUUUGCUGCUGCAAGUGGAGUUGCAACGCGUUCUUAUUCACCGGGUUCUUAGUGGCCUCGAUCCUCCCGACGGCCCUUCCCUUGCCAUCGUGCAGCCUGUGUUGACGGCUCGCGACAAAGGCUUGCUCGAACAGGAAGAGCUCGUGACCAGCGUCCUUGAGGAUCUGAAGCAUCUCCCCGAAGCCCGCCCUCGCCCGUCUCUUUCCAACUCUCAGCUGGCGCGCGUCAACGCUCGCAUGCACGCAAACGAAGUGCGCUUUCGCGCUCGCCUACGGGCCUCUGACGCCACUGACCGCAUGGAUGAGGCUUUUUGCAUAGUCUCUCUGGUCUAA